CUCAGUCCGCGCUCAUUUCAAAUUCCACCGACGUUGUAAUCCUGGCGAGGACUCGCCAGAGGCGUUAGAAUUGCAAAACCGAGCGCGCCCGGAUGUUUUGCCAUCAAUGAGUGCUUCGCCAUUGGGUCUAUUUACCAGAAAAAUUGCCCUCCACCUCGGUGUCAAUUCAUAAAUAAAUAAGUGGAUCUCGGCAGCGGAAAAAUAAGCCGAAAAAAAAGUCGUCCAGGGGAAUGGAAAUGUGUGGCGCCUUGAGACGCUGAUAGGAAGACAUCCUGUGCAAUGAGAUCAACACAGUUGCGCUGCAAAGUGCCGGCAAUAUGAAUGCUAAUACGGGGUCUCGGGGUGAAAUUGCCGUGUAGCUGAGGGUGGCUCAGUGGCAACCAGAAAAACGGACACCACUUCGCUCUCGCCACCCCCGGAAAAGCGCCCCCGAGAGAGAGAGAGUGUGGGACGAAUCAUUGCAUGUCAACGCAGUGAAAGUUUUCACUUUGUGACUUGCAUCUCAAACCACCACGGCAUUAAUUACAAUAUUAAUAGAAUUUCCCAGAGCACACUGACAACAAGUGCGCCCGUUUUCCAUGUCACUCACGAUGAACACGUGAGACAGGCGACUGGUGGAAAAUUCAACAAUUGUGCACGACAUUGUGAAGUGACAGUGUUUCAGCGCCACCACGAAAGAUGAAAGUUCGAUUGGCCAUUAAUCUCCUUGUUCUUAUCAUUAACAUUGAGGAUAUCAGGGCGAGUUGGGAGGAAUGGUGGACGUACGAUGGAAUUUCAGGACCAGGCUUUUGGGGACUCAUCAACCCACAGUGGAAUAUGUGCAACAAGGGACGACGACAGUCACCGAUAAACGUUGAACCCGACAAGCUCCUCUUUGACCCCUAUUUGCGACCCCUUCACAUUGACAAGCACAAGGUAUCUGGAACGCUGCAUAAUACAGGUCAAUCGCUGGUUUUCCGGGUGGACAAGGACACGAAACAAUAUGUAAAUAUUUCCGGAGGACCCUUGGCGUAUCGAUAUCAAUUUGAGGAGAUUUACAUCCAUUAUGGCACGGAGAACAGCCAAGGAUCUGAGCAUCACAUUCAUGGAUACAGUUUUCCCGGAGAGAUUCAGUUGUAUGGAUUCAACAAGGAAUUGUAUCGCAAUAUGUCAGAGGCACAACAUAAAUCUCAAGGAAUCGUUGGAAUUUCACUGAUGGUCCAAAUUGGUGAUACGCCCAAUCCUGAACUUAGAAUUAUAACGAGUACUUUUAAUAAAGUUUUAUACAAAGGAACUUCCACACCAAUUCGCCACAUCUCUCUGCGAUCUCUCCUGCCGAACACGGAGCAAUUCAUGACGUACGAAGGAUCAACAACGCAUCCCGGCUGCUGGGAGAGCACCGUGUGGAUUAUUCUAAAUAAGCCAAUUUACAUAACAAAGCAAGAGUUAUACGCUCUCAGGCGACUCAUGCAGGGUUCUGAGCACACACCCAAGGCUCCGCUGGGAAAUAAUGCAAGACCGCUUCAGCCACUGCAUCAUCGCACUGUGAGAACCAACAUAGACUUCCAGCAUAGUUCUAAGCAGAAUCAAAAUCAAAAUUGUCCAACAAUGCAACGCGAAAUGUACUACAGAGCAAACAAAUGGACAGCCGAGAUAACACUUCGAGGGCGAGAACGUGGUUUUUCCGAGUCAAUCUUUCACUCACUUCACUAGAACGCAUUCCCCAAGGGGUGGCAUUCGCCCAGAGAGACAUCAGCCACAGUGAUGGAGUCCAUUAUUCAAUAAACAACAAUUAAAACUAAUACUUUGAGCCGUGCAGAGGAUAAAUUACACCAGUUAUUGACAGAGAGACAAAAGUGAAUAUUAAUAAUAGCUCUUAUUCUUUAUAUAUACAAUUACCAGGUAGUUUAUAUACGGUUUAAGAGAUGGUGGAAGUAAGAGUAUAACUAAACUCUGAACAACUAUUUACAUACAUAUAUAGAAAAAAUUGUGCGGUGAAGGAAAUCCUCGUUGUAGAAAAACAAGUACUUAUAUAUAUAGAAAAGAAGUAUAAUGCAUUAAAAAAAAAUGGGUGGACAAUAAAUUAUUCUCUAUAUAUUUAUUAAAUUGAUGAAUGAAGUUGGAAAAAAAAACUGUAAAAGACGCUAUAAAAUGUAAAACUUUCUGCAUCUCAGCAGUUUCUUAGGCAGCAAAACUCCUUCAACGUCUAAUCUAGAGGAUCAAUCAACUUUACCAGGACAUAUUUUUUUGAAGCUUUUAACAUCUAAUCAAACUACUCCAGCAUAACAACAUAAAUAUACGUAAGAGAGGGAAAGAGAGAGAAGAGAGGGAAAGGGAAGUUUUGUAUUUCUGGUCCACCCAAUGGGUUUUCCCUGAACGCAUUUGAUUGAUUUUCAUUGACGUAUGAUUGAAAAUUUAGCGACAAAAGAGAUUUGCUCCUAUUGAACACUUUAUGGAUCGACGGGUUAAUAGAAAACUAUGUAAAAAAAAGGGAGAAAAUUGAAAAUUUAGUGUUAAUAUCGCUUCGAAACUCACAAAAUUUACCUAAAAAUCCCCAAAAUACCUUCAAAUAAUUGUUUUCUGAAUUUUUCUGUUGAUUUUAUUGCAAUUUGGUAAAAUUGUCGAGCACAUUUUAUUCAAACAACUUCAAAAUAAUCAAAUUUUUUAGCAGUUUUCAAGUGGAAAACAAUUAAAAGAUAUGAAAAAAAUUAUAUUUAUUCAAAAUCUAAGAAUAUUUUAGGACAUUUCUAUGGUUUGGAACAAUUUUCUAACUAUAAAAAGAUAAUCUCAAAAUUUUUUCAGUUGCAGAACAAAUCUCAAGCUUUCCAAAAAAAAAUUGAAGCUUUUCAUAGUUUUCGAUUCACCCGUCGGAAUAGAAUUAAAAGAAGGUAUUAAAAAUCGUUGAAGUUUGCCCCCCAUUUUCUGUUGUAUAGACAAAGAAAUCCCGAGUGAAAAUGUAAAUAAAUGAAUUAAUCCUUAAAGAAAAAAGUAUAUAAAUAGUCGAGAAAAAGUGCUUCGAUACAAUAAAAAGUCAAAAAAAAAACACAUUGAAGAAAGGAUUUCUACAUGAAUUAACCAAUUUGUCGACGCGCGAGUCGCAGUGCUGUAUAAAGGACACUUAAUACCUAAAGAAGAUAAUUAAAUUAAUGGACAUGAAUUAUGUAUAUGAGACCCUGUAAAAUGUUAACUAAAGAGCAAAAGUGAGCUGAUGUGAGAUUUUUGUAGCCAAGACAAGUUCCAAGGAUAAUUUCUCGAAUGCUCAGCGCAUCAGAAAAAAGAAAAAAAGGAAGAAAAAUCAUUAUGGAAAUACUGUAAUUUAUAGUUAGUUGUAUUGGACUUAGUGGAAAGGUGAGAACCAGAAGAAUAAAUGAAAUUUUUGCAGAAUCUCUCUUUGAUGACUGGAAGCAUUGGAUAAUUGAGCUUAAUGUGAUGCUGCAUUAUUGAAAGCUCUCGGCGUUUGUCAGUUUUCCC